CCCCGUAUUCCCUCUUUUGUGACGGUCGAGGCACACUCGCACGCGACAGACCCGCCGCGUCGCGUGCCGUGCGCGCGUGCAGCCCACGCAAAACUCGAAUCAAGACUCGCUCGCAACACACGUGACGAAAUCUCAUCACGCGCAUCUCGCGCGUCGCAACCGAACACUCUUGACUCAUGACUUUCGACUCUCAACUCGCGGACCCUUGACCAAUCUCGCCGACGACGACCACCAUCCCCGUGCACGUUCAAAACUUGCGGUGGGUGUACGCGCACGAUAGAAGGACUGGUCACAUUAGCCAUUCUCGACUCUUUGACCUCCCCAAGCCAUUGCGCCUCACACAGAUCCGCACUUGUCGACAUGUCGAGCGCAGGAGUCAGGGCAGACACGCGAGCAGCAGCGGCUCAGGACACGUUGGAUAUCCUCUACGAUAUUUCUGUUCUGCUUCAGACGGGUCUGACUCGGGAUCAACUCAGGGCAUGUUCGGAUGUGCUGGAUGCGGGCGUGGGAGCCGAGGCAGUAGCUGUGAGUUGGCUUGGCAGUGGUACGGCGGUACGAGAACUCAGGAAGCAAGGUGGACCUACCCCAAACGCUCAUAAAAAGCGCCUGCGGGAUUGAGCAGUGUCAGCUAGAUGGAAAGAAUCACCGACUUCGCCUGUAUCAUAAUCAGCAACAUUGACAUUCAACACUGACCCAGACGUGCGUUGAAGGCCGCGCAAGGGGCCAUCCUCAUUCACGUGAUUGCAGACGCUCUUAACAAGGUACA